GGUUGAUUGAUUGUGGCAGGUUGAAAACCAGUUUUGUGAUUACCUGUUCCCAGCCAAAGAACAAUCUUCCUUUCUUGAAGAUUAUGUACUCUUUAUUGACAUUUAUGUUAGCAUAUUUUUGCAUUAUUUCUUGUCUACUUCCUUUCUUGAGGGAGUGUGUUGUGUCUUAUACCCACUAGAAUCAGUCUUCAUAGAUGCUCAAUUACAUACAGAUCUAAAAACUUGUAGGUUUUGCUGUUGUUAGAGAUGCAGUUAGAAUUGACUACUUUUAGAAAUGGCUUAAAAGUUUAAUGACUUUAUUGCAUAAUUUUUGCAUGGCAUGGUCAUUUUAAUAUCUGAUUCCUUUUAUCACGAUUAUUAUAACACUAUUUACAUUAUUUCAGCUAUUUAAUAUUUAGAAUGUUUCUUCAGAAUGAAAUGAAAACCUAUUUAUGACUGCUGGAGCUACUAUAAAACAUUUUUUUGUCUUAAUUAAUCUCUCAUAGUAAUAUAUUUUAGUUAGACCUUUUUUUCCUGUGUUGAUGUUAAAAUAAACUUACAGGGCAUUCAUUUAGAAAUUAGAGAAGAAAAAAUAAGGUUUUGAUGUAACUUCUUUGUGUAUGUACAUCUGUGUCUGUCUGGGUACAUGUGCACAGCCAGAGGACAACCUUCAUAUUGUUCUUAGGCACUAUCCACCUUGGUUUUCUUUUGUAUCCCCCUCCCUUUCUUCUUUCUCUCCUGCCUCCUUUUCUACAGAACAGGACAGCUUGCAUUUGAUUCUCCUCUGCCACCAUAUGAAUCUUAGGGAAUUGAACCAAAGUUUGGUAAGCUUGGUGGCAAGUGUCUUUGCCUGAGGAACCAUCUCUGGCUCCCACCUUGUUUUUUAGGUUUUUUUUUUUGUUUGUUUGUUUGUUUUUUCAGAUAGAGUUUCUAAUCUCUAAUUGACCUGGAGCUGGCUGCCCCUGUUAGGCUGGCAGGCCAAAGAGUCACAAGGAUCCACCUGUUUCUGUCUCCUCAGCUCUGAGGAUUAGGCAAGCCCCACCAUGUGUGGCUUUUUUGGUGGAUGUGGUGCAGGUUCUAUUUGAUCUAAUUUAAAUCCUUGUGUUUGUGCAUCAAGCAUUAGUCAUUGGAGGGUUAGAAGAAAGAAAAAAGAUAGAGAGCCAUAAGUGGAUAAAUGACAUCAGGUCUCUAAAAAGCAGUUGGCUUGAUUUCCACUGGUUGAAGGUCAGUGACAGGUGCUGCAUUGCUUCCUUGGUGCUACCAGGAAGGAGAGUGAUGUAAACUGCUAAAUGGAAAUUUGAAAAAACUAGUGGAAGUUUGGAAUUGAUUCUGUGGGAAGUAAGAGAAGGACCUGAUUGAAACCCAAGGAAGAAUCGAUGAACAACAGUGAGAAGGACUUACCCAGAUAAAGAUGAAUGUCAUGCAUCACCCAAUAUGAAAGUUUUAGAAGUUAGAAGACGUUUGCUAAGUCAAUUUACUUCAACCUGGCAACAUCAGCAGUAAUUCCAGCCAGUUUGAAUUUAAUGGAAGAAGACCAUUGUCUGCCCAUGUACAUGUCUAACUCAUAAUAGGAGGGUGAGUUAAGCAAGGCCCUGAAGCUGUUUAAGAGUUGACUAGGAAGUGAGCAAUUUGAAUAUUGGAAGGGGUGAGGGACUGCAGUAAUGAGGAGAACAAGGUUUGUAUUUUUUAAAGUAGAUUUGUCAAAUGUACUUGAAAGAUGCCUCUCCAAGGCCCUGGGAGUAAUGGGAUCAAGACAGAGGUGAACCCUGCCCUUGUAGAGUCUUGAGUCUCUGGAGGAAGACACACAUUAAAUUACAUCAAUGUAAAGAUGAUCUGUAUUUGGAGACGAGAACUAAAUUUUACAGGGGCAACAUAACAUCUCAGGACUUCAGCUCAUCUCGGUGAGAGGAAUUUUUCAGCUCCUGACAGUCAUGAAACCUGUGGGGGUUCAUCUUCAGCAUCAACCUGAUUGGAUCCAGACUACCUGAGAUAUUAAAUUGAGUUGGUUUCAAGACAGUGAUGUUUAUGACAGUGAUGUUGGAUGCCAUGAUGAUGCUGAGAGUAAUUCCCAAAGUGGAGAGAAGGUGUAGCCCUGAGGAGUAAUCUCUCUAAGCCUCCAGGAGUGCAGUGCACAACACACAGCAAGUGCCUACGACACCAGCAGCACCUGGGCAACUCUCCCCUCACAUCCAGCUGUUUCUGUAUUUUUCACAACUCGUAAGCAAACAAAGGAAAAUUACUGUUCAAGUCACAUACAUCAUAAUGCGGAAUUCUUCAUCAGUACCACCAAAAGAUCAAGGCUGAAAGGCCCUUAGAGCAAGCCAGCUCAUUCCAUGCAGAACUGAGAGGCCAGCCCACCACUGCCAGUUAGCUGGAGGUAAUAGAUGUCACUGGGAUUAUGGAUGUGGCUUCACUGGCAGAAUGACCCAGAUGAAUCAAACAUCCCUUCUGGAACAGCACAGAGUGGGAAAAGUUUACAGAAUAAGAGUCAGUUUAGGACCAUUGCACCAAAAAUUGUGCCUAAAGUCUUAACAUCCAGAGUGCUACCGUGUCCUUCCUCACUUUCUGACCAAGGGAGUCUGGCUCUAACCUCCAAGCCUCUGGGCAUGCCCACCCAGAACUAUGCUCUGAUGCAGGUGGCUGGCCAGGAGGGGACGUUUUCUCUUUUUGCUUUGCCAAAUGUUGCCUCAGCUCAGCCAGUUCAGAAGCCCAGAAUGUCCCUGCAUGAAAACCUUAAACUGCCUAUUCCUCGAUAUCAACCACUAAGUAGCAAAGGGUUAAGACAGAAACAGGACCUGAGCUCUCCCAAGAGUAGCUGGAAUGAACCUUCUAGCCCAGCCCAGACAUGCCAGAUGUCCCCUUCUCCACGAGCCUGUUCUGAACUUCCUCACAAGACCAACCUGUUGAAGCAAAUGUCUGCUUUGAACCCUUCUCCCACCGUCAGAACAGCUGCACUGACCAGUAGUAGUGACCACAGAGAUUCAAAUCCUCUAGUGACCAACAGCUGUGGAGACCUGAAGCUUCCUGCCAUCCCAGCAUGCACUGCAGAGGAUUCCUCUUCCCCACAGAACCUCCCAGCAAUCAUGCAGAAGCCAGACUCUGCCAGGAAGGAGGUGCCCACUAAGCCUGCUGGUACUGCCAGGAAGGAGGUGCCCACUAAGCCUGCUGGUACUGCCAGGAAGGAGGUGCCCACUAAGCCUGCUGGUGCUGGUGACGAGCUCAGAGAAGAGGUGGCCCCUGCACACACCGUCUUCGGCAGUGUGGUUCAUUUGGUCUCUUCAGUACCGAAGGGUAAAAUGCCCAUCCUGCCCUUCUCAAGAGAGAAAGCCACAGAUGCUGAUGAUGCUGAAGUAUCUUCAUUUGGAUACAGGGCAAACUGUGAUGAGAAACUGUCCAUAACAGAAAGGUUUGAUGCAGCCACCACAAUGCCCAGCAAGAUGAGUGCUCUGCAUGGGUCAAAGCAGAGUGCUUGUGAAAGUACCGUCUGUCCUGUCACCAAACUAGACCUCAGCCACAAAGGAAAACCCAGCAGUGGGGCAGCAAAGAGAAGAGGGAGAAAAUGGAAAGUGCCAGAUGAGAUUUUAUCUCUGCAGGGCAAAAGGAGGAAGUUCAUUAUCGGUAUGUGUGGAGAUGGCAUAGAGAGGGGGAGAAACAGUUCCCAAGAACCCAGAGACCAGAAGCCCAAGGCUGCUUCGAGAAAGUAUCGCAGCAUCAUGCCCAAGCCUAUCAUCGUCAUGUCUGCUUUGGCACCUCUGGCGUCUCCUGCAGCCGCACUGCAGUCCCAGGCUCCCAGCAGCCUAGGUCAGGAUGUUCUGCUGAACAGUGCACUGCCUCCAAAGUGUCUUGGCUCCAAGCAAAGUGACAGCCCUACCCCUAAGCCCAGCUCUGUGCUCAGAAAUGGAUUCUCUGGCAUUAAGAAGCCCUGGCACAUGUGUCCCGUCUGUAACCACCACUUCCAGUUCAAACAUCACCUUCUAGACCACAUGAAUACACACACCAACAGACGGCCUUACAGUUGUGGGAUCUGUCGCAAGGCCUAUGUCCGUCCCGGCAGCCUGAGCGCGCACAUGAAACUUCACCAUGGUGAGAGUCGCCCCAAGAAACUCAUGUGCUGUGAGUUUUGUGCAAAAGUGUUCGGUCAUGUCCGAGUUUAUUUUGGCCAUCUGAAGGAGGUGCACAGGGUUGUGAUCAGCACAGAGCCCUCCUCCAGUGACCUGCAGCCAGGAGACACGCCAAAGAACAAAGACAGAGAUACCUAUGUGCAAGGAGCUGAUGGCCCACUGGAGAGGGAAACCAAGUCAAGUUUGGAAGAAGAUUUCCUUCUAAACCAGACAGAUGAAGUCAAGUUGCAAAUUAGAUGUGCCCGUUGUCAGAUCACUGCUCAGUCUUUUGCUGAAAUAAAGUUCCAUUUGCUUCAUGUUCACGGCGAAGAGAUCCAAGGCCGACUUCAGGAGGCAGUCUUACCAGGCGGCAGAGCUGGGGCUCCCCACCAGAAGCCUCACACUGAGAGAAGGAAGCAGGCUAAGCCUUGUGCCUCUGUGGAGGACUCCCCAGCAUUUCCGAAAGUAAAAAGGCAGCCACCCCCUCAUCAGAAGAGAGAGGAAGUGCUGGCAGAAAGUGAAGGUGGCCCAUGGGGAAUGAACAGCCCACAGCACCCCACCAGGCUUCUCUGGCCCCAUUCAGGCUUUAACUGCCUGCUCUGUGCCCGGAGGCUGGGGAGGAAGGAGGACCUGCUUCUUCACUGGGCACACCAGCACAACUGUGAGGACCCCACCAGACUCUGGGCUAUCCUGGGUGUAUUCUCUAACCAGGGAGCUCCUGAGUUCCCCAGUGAGGUAAAGCAGUGACACUGAGGCCACGCAGCUGAAGAGAUGUGACACCACCUUUCUGUCAUGCUCUGUUUCUGUUAGUAUUUCAUGGUAAGGAUUCAGUACUCCAGGGCUAACACCAGGGCACAGAGGUAAUUUUUUGUGCAUAGUUUUAUUUUCUUAAGAAAUAAAAUAUGGGGCUGGGCAGUGGUGGUGCACGCCUUUAAUCCCAGCACUCGGGAGGCAGAACCAGGCAGAUCUCUAUGAGUUUGAGGCCAGCCUGGUCCACAGAGCGAGAUCCAGAUCCAGGACAGGUGCCAUAACUACACAGAGAAACUCUGUCUUGAAAAAAAAAGAAAACAAACAAAGAAAAUAUGUGCCCUGGAUGAACUUUUCUAACAUAUAUAGUCUCACUUUAAAAUUCCAUGCAUUCUCUAAUAUCAUAGACUUUAUUUCAUAAUAAAUACAAAUAUUAAAAUUGGGAAAUUGAAAUGUAGAGAAGAUUGUUCUCGAUUGCAAAUUUUUGAGUGUGUGAGUGAGUGUGGGUGUGUUUGAGUAUGUGGUGGUGUGUAAGUGUAUGUGUAUGUGUCCUCUUAUUUUGAUACUGUUUGACUAUAUUUAUCAACAGUUAAUUCUACAACUGUGGAAUGUAGUCCAACUGAAGUAUAUGGUUACAUGAUAAAUGUUCAUGUUAUUAGUCUCUGGUUUAUUUGAAUAUGCUCUAGAACAGUCUUUUUAAUGUUUUCUCUACCAUAAUUUAAAUCUGUGUUUUCAAGACACAUUUUUUGUAAUUUUGCUGUUUUCUUAAAUGUGCAGUUCUUUGAAGAGUAGCCAGCAAGUAUUCUAGUGUUCCAUCUCAAAAUAAUAAAAAAAAAAAAAAAUGGAUACUUCAGCGAAUAAAAAAAUGUACUUGCAUGCUA